AUGGGCAAGAUGGCUCGACAGCGCCGCGAAAAGGCCGCCGGCACCAUCAAGCUGGCCCACCCCGACCGCUCCGAUCCCACCGAAGACACUCUGCUCCAGAUGGCCCACGAACGCGGCCUCUUCCAGCAGGCCGACGCCGAUCCAAGAAACAAGACGACGUCCAGAUCGACGCCCGCCGCCAACAGUGAAGACGAAGACGAUGCCGCUGAUGCCGACGCCGACGGCACGGGCGAGCUGUCGCCCACGGCCGAGCGCAUCAUGGACUCGCUCCUCUGGACCGUCAGCCUCGCCAUGCUGCACUUUACCCUCGAUGUCGUCGUGCAGCAUCAGUACGGCAUCGACAUUGACUGGCACGCCAUCAUCCUCCGCGCGCUGCAAGCUUUUGCCGCCCUGCUUGUGCUCUUCUACGUCCUCCACGCCCACCCCUCGAAGCCGACCUUCGUCCCGCGCCUGCCUCUCCGGUACCAAGAUCCUCUCCGCCAGCUCCUCUUUUUUACCAUGGGCGUCACGUCCGGUUGCUACCUGAUCUACAUCACCAACACCUUUGGCUACCUCGCCGUCAUGAAAAAGGCCCCCACGCUGGGCUGCCUCUGGGUCUGGGCCGUCAUUGAGCUGCCCUUGGGCCCGGCCGCUGCGAGCCUUGUCAUCUGCGCCGCAUUCCUGUGGCAGGGCGGCUAUGACAUCAAAUAA